GCUUUGAUUAAAUGUUAUUGUAAUGCUGAUUGUUCACCCAAGUCGGAACACUGUAUGAAGAAUGUCGCAAGUCAAUACACAUAUCAAUUAUCAAAAACAAGAUUGGGGCCCUUCUGUUUAGUUGAGCUUGUCGAGUUUGCUUCUUCGUUAUAGCAAUUACUUAAAAUGAAUGCAAGUCAUCGUUGCUUGAACAAUGUACCUGCUACGUAAGAGCUCCUUUUUUGUCGUAUACCCGGUUGUUUAAAACCUGCUUGCUCAUGUCUGCGAAUCUAGGCAUUACUUGAAACUAUUUUUCUCAGCCUGGCACCAGCGUGGUACAUCUAAUUUUAUUCGGAUAACAUUGCGUGUGCUUGUAAAGUUUCCAUUGCUUGGGGAACUUGUAUUUUUUUGCUUUGCUCGGAUUUUGAAUCAUAUUACUUAUUGUUUUGCUAUAGAAUUCAUGCGCCUUUAAGACUUUUUCCAAUACAUCUAAGGCAUGCCAGCAGACGCCAGAUUUCAUUGAACAAAAGAAGUGCUUCUGUGAUUGCCAAGAAUCCGAGCAAACAAGAAGUGAAACAUUUGAGAUAACACUUGUUGUUAUAAAUGUACUUGCCGUCAUACUGAUUCUAUUACAGCUCUGAGACUUCGAGGAACAUCAACGGUGAUAGUCAAGCUGAGAAACUUCAAAUAAAUUUUCUCUUUAAACUUAUUCUUUAAACAGUACAGUCGAUCAAGAGUAACGCUCUUGUAUAAAUUCUGUACACUUUGGGUGGUUGUUGGAAAUAUUUAUCAACCAGCUGAAGAAAUAUCCGUGUUUACUGAGACGUACGAAAGUGGUUCGAAGUGGUUCAUACAAUAACUAUAAAGUGUUUCGUUUUGUAUAAUGAAGCUUAAUUAAUGAACAUACGAUAAACGAAGAACUGACAAUAGAAAUCAAUAUUGUUAAAAUUAAUUUCCUUUUGUGCAAGAAUAAUUUUACUGAUAAAUUAUUUUUGUCCCAUUACCUGCACAUGUAUAAUAUCUUCAACGUAUUAUACUUGUGGUAAUUUGUUUAUACAAACACUGAGUGGGAAUGCUACAAUUGAGACAUGGACGCAAGUAAAGCAAGGAGCACACCUAAUCCUCGAAAAAAGGCGAAUAUUAUUUCUGUACUAACAUGGUGGUGGACAAUAGAAUUGUUCAAGAAGGGGUACAGAAAAGUUUUGAUUGCCGAUGACUUACACGAUCCUUUAUCAGAGGAUAGGUCAACGGCUUUGGGCGACAGGCUAGAAAAACAAUGGAACUACGAAUUGAAGACUGCCAGGAAAUGCGGAAGACAGCCGAGCCUUCUCAAAACUAUUUUCCUGACCUUCCGCUGGGAGUAUUUUAUGCUUGGUUUGAUGCAAGUUCUGAACGAAUUUGUCAUACGACUGGGUACGCCAAUAUUACUGGGAGGUUUGCUCAGCUAUUUUAAGAAAAACACAAAUGUCACGAUUGAAGAAGCACUCUACUAUGCAGGCGGUAUUGCUCUUGCGUCGGCGGUCAACGUAAUCACUUUGAAUCAAGCAAUAUUUGGUGCUUUUCACAUCGGCGGUAGAAUCAGAGUAGCCGUCUGCUCUCUUGUGUACCGAAAGGCAUUAAAUCUCAGCAUGACAGCCCUUGGAGAAACAGCACCUGGAAAAGUCGUAAAUUUAGUCGCCAAUGAUGUCAACCGAUUCGAUGUAGUUUCUGUUUUCUUGCAUUAUUUGUGGUCUGCCCCUAUUUCUACUCUGAUCAUUACCUACUUUUUGUACAACAAAGCUGGAUGGGCAGGGAUUAUUGGUAUAGCUGCAGUAUUCAUCGUUGUUCCUCUACAAUCAUACCUGGGAAAACUUUCUUCGAAAUACAGACUUCAAACAGCGCUGAAGACGGACGAACGAGUUCAGUUGAUGGAUGAGAUCGUAUCUGGGGUUCAGGUGAUAAAAAUGUAUGCCUGGGAAAAGCCGUUUUGCGCACUAAUAGAAUUGGCGAGAAAGCUUGAAUUGCGAGUUGUCACCAAAACUUCGUAUAUUCGUGGAAUCUACAUGUCGUUCAAUCUUUUCACCACGAGAAUGGCACUGUGGGGCACCAUGAUUGCAAUGGUCUUUUUUGACCAGGAGCUGACCGCAGACACAAUUUUCGUUAUUUCCGCUUAUUUCAACAUCCUGGCCCAGACAAUGUCCAGCAUGUUUGUCCGAGGCGUCGCUGAGACGGCCGAAUGUAUGGUAGCCGUGCGACGACUUCAGUACUUCCUGAUGUACGACGAGUUUCAAAAAGUUAUCGGGCACACUAAACACUCGUCGGAAAACAACAUCAAUCGCGGAUCUAUGCAGAGCAUAAAUCAGGUUCCAAAAUCUGAUCUUCCGUACAUUGACGACGAAUUGAUCGAUAAAAAUGCGGUUCCUGACGAUUAUUCUAGAGAAAAAUCAAACGGAGUGGCAAUACUUGCCAGCGACCUGCUGAAGGAUACCGUCGAUCUUGUCAAUGAAAAGUCGAAGAACAUGACGGACAACAAGAUAGCAUUGAACAAGGAACAGUGGGCAAUAAAGUUGACCAAUGUUACCGCAAAGUGGGAACCCUAUAAUCCUGAGAAGACAUUGGACAGUGUCAACCUGCAGUUUGGCAAAGGGAAACUGUACGCCGUGAUCGGAAUGGUGGGAGCUGGCAAAAGUUCGCUGCUAUCGGUCUUGUUGGGUGAGUUACCUCUCUCAGAGACCAAGGAGUUCGGUGACGUCGAAGUCAAAGGUGGCCUGAGCUAUGCCGGGCAAGACGCCUGGGUAUUUGGUGCUACAGUUCGCCAAAAUAUCAUCUUUGGUCAACCGUACGAACGUCAGCGUUAUCACAGAGUGACAAAGGCCUGCGCCCUCCUCAGUGAUUUCGAACAGUUUCCCCAGGGUGAUUUAACCAUUGUCGGGGACCGUGGUAGUUCUCUUUCGGGUGGGCAACGGGCAAGAAUCAACUUGGCCAGAGCCGUUUACAGGCAGGCUGAUAUUUACCUGCUCGAUGAUCCACUGAGCGCGGUAGACGCGCACGUGGGUAAGCAUCUUUUCGAGGAGUGUAUUCAACGCUACCUCGCAGGUAAGACAAGGAUACUUGUAACGCACCAGCUGCAGUACUUGCAGGGGGUUGAUGCUAUCAUCUUGUUGAAUCAGGGAAGAGCAGAAACAUUUUCUAACUAUCAGGAAUUAUUGGCAUCAUACCCUGACUAUGAAGCACUUGUCGGUACGAUGGGUGAGGGGGAUGCAAGUGCCAGCGAACGAGGCUUACCUAACGAAAAGGGUAUGCGUCGUCAGUAUUCUAGCACGAGUCAUCGAAGCCAAACACCUGACGCCAGCGGCAGCAUUGACACAGAUAUGGAAGAUGAGGAUGAGGAGAACGAAGGCCUAGACACGGUAGAGGGAACCUCUCGUGGCACCAUUCAAGGCUCCGUUUUUCUCAAAUACUUCCAGGCUGGUGGUAGUCUGUUCAUCGCUUUCACUGUCGCGGUGCUGUUUAUUGCCACUCAAGUUGCAGCCAGUCUCAAUGACAUGUUCGUUUCCUACUGGGUCGAUAAGGAAGAAUCUCGUGGAAAGAUCUUAGUCUCUUUUGAAGAAAGCCUAAAUGGUCCCGCUGAAGGGAAGAACGUCUCUUCGAAUUUACUUCAGGAGACAAGAGAGACGCAGUUCUUGUUGUCGACGGAAACGUACAUGUACAUAUACACGGGGAUAUUGGUUGCCUUGUUUGUGACAGCAAUUGCUAGGUCUAUGCUCUUCUACAAGUUGUGCAUGUGGAGCAGUCAAUCUCUUCAUGAUCGAAUGUUCGGGAGCUUGAUAAGAACGAGUAUGCGGUUCUUCGAUACAAAUCCCAGCGGCCGGAUCCUUAAUCGCUUCUCAAAGGAUAUGGGGGCUAUAGACGAGCUACUGCCUAAAGCGCUUCUGGAUGCUGGUCAGGUCAUAAUGUUGAUGAUUGGUUCGCUGAUCGUUGCUUGUACUGUUAACCCCAUGUUCCUUAUUCCGGUGGUCGUCAUGGGUGCUAUUUUCGCCUGGAUACGCAAGGUUUACUUAAGAACCAGUAAAAACGUAAAACGACUAGAAGGAAUCACACGAUCUCCGGUAUUCACUCAUCUGAAUGCAACUCUUAAUGGCCUGAGUACAAUCAGGGCUUACGGGGCGCAAGAUAUACUUAAAUACGAGUUUGACAAACACCAAGAUCUACACACUUCCUCGUGGUACAUGUUCAUCACGACCAGUACGGCUUUCGGCUUCUCACUUGACUUCUUCUGCCUGAUUUUCAUAACUCUGGUUACGUUCAGCUUCAUACUUAUCAAAGGCAAUUUUUCGGGUAGUGAGGUUGGUUUGGCGAUAACACAGGCAAUGGCGCUAACUGGAGUCAUUCAGUGGGGAAUGCGUCAGAGUGCAGAAGUGGCCAAUCAGCUGAUGUCCGUUGAGAGGGUAAUUGAAUACACUCAGCUACCACCAGAGCCCAAUCUGAGGGACAAGGGUAUCAUCAAAAAAAGUAAAGCAAAAUCAACGUCACAACCGCCACCCCCGCCACCCCAGGAUUGGCCGAGUCACGGCUGCGUCCGACUCACCGAUGUAUAUAUGCGAUACGUUGAGGACGAGGCGCCAGUGCUCAAAGGACUGAAUCUCGUUAUUCGCCCUGGUGAAAAGGUCGGUAUAGUCGGGCGAACUGGAGCAGGCAAGUCCUCGUUGAUAUCUGCAUUAUUCCGGCUGGCAAAGAUAGAAGGAUCCAUGCAAAUAGAUGACAUAGACACCGGAUCCAUCUGCCUGGAGGAUUUGCGUGCACGGAUAUCCAUCAUUCCUCAGGACCCAGUUUUGUUUUCAGGAACACUGCGGCGAAAUCUUGAUCCAUUUGAAGAGUUUCCAGAUCGACUGUUGUGGGAGGCUUUGGACGAGGUGGAGCUCAAGGAGGCUAUAACGACUGGCGCUAACGGGCUUGACUCCCGGGUCUUGAAGGGAGGCAGCAACUACAGCGUCGGUCAGCGGCAGCUGGUCUGCCUGGCUAGGGCAAUACUGCGGAACAAUCGAAUACUUAUGUUAGACGAGGCCACUGCCAACGUCGACCCACACACCGACGCCCUCAUCCAACGCACCAUAAGAACUAAAUUCGCGUCUUGUACGGUACUCACUGUCGCUCAUCGCUUAAACACCAUCAUGGACAGCGACAAGGUCCUUCUGAUGGACCGUGGACGAAUGGCGGAAUACGACCAUCCAUAUUUACUCCUGCAGAACGAAUACGGACACUUCAGCUCCAUGGUGAAGGAAACCGGUCGCGCAAUGUACGAGCAGCUAGCCAAGAUUGCCGAACAGUCCUACAAAGCUAAGUAAUUAAUCUAACAAUUGGUAGGGUUUCAUUUUUAAUUGUAGUUAUGAUAUUACCUGGCGGAAUGAGAAAAGGUAUGUUUGUUCAUGAGUGAACAUACCACGAAAGUAGUUAGAAUUCCGGAUAUCCAAUAUAGUUCAAAUAUUCGUGCUUUAUGAAAUAUACUUUUUAUCAAAUUUUGAAUUUGGUUCACAGGUUUUCUCAACAAGAUCUUAAUCAUUUCUCAAUUCAGGUAUCUUUAAACAAAUUAUCGCACUCAUUGAUCUGCAACGGUGUAGUUUAGUUUUAUUUUAUUUUUUCAUCUAUCCAUCCAUGUAUAGCUUUUGCAACAUUUACGUCUAUCACUGACGUCAAAAAGGUGACGGAAUAUGUAGUGGCUGUAAAGAUUCCAAAGGGAAAAUAGUGAUGAUUAUAGCGUUGCAAAUGGUACCUGUACCUACGGGGUAGUUAAUGUGGAUAUCUGAUUGUUAGGAGUUCAUUUUUACGAAUAUAUUUGCACGUGCUGGUCAGUUGCAAUAUGGUUAUCAGAACGGUUACUAGAGCGAAAGAUGAUGUAACUAUGAAUCGAUCGUCUCGCACAGCUGUAGAUGAAUGGUAGUUGGGUGAUAGGCAAGUCUGUACAUUACGUAAGCAGGCAUAUUUUAUAGUGAUGGACACUAAAAAAAAAAUUUCUCAAAUAAUUGUCGUAAUAUCGAUUUCGGGUAAUUCGAACCAUCGUGCCUUUGUUACUUGUUAAAUAAUCUGUGGCUGUCAUUAAUUUACCCGGCUGUAUUACCGACUGCGGUACAUAUUUUCUUAUUACGAUCUUGUGUGAUGUACUUGUAGUUACUAUUACCAUUGUACGUACUUUAAUAAUGUAUUUUUUACUCAUUAUAUAAUAUUAGUAUUCAUCCAGCAGUUACUGAUCCCUAAUCCUGGUAACUGUUGUGAAACUUCCAUGUAUAGGAAAAACAAACAUGUCUAACAUUGUUCAAUAUAAUGAAUUACGGCUCUGUGUACAGUGAUCCGAAAAACUUCUCAAAGGGUAUGAACCCUUAGCGCUCCACAUACAC